ACCAUACGGAGGCAUGAUCGGCGAACAGAGGUGCUGGUGAUACGCGAUCGUGAGAGGAUCUCCCUUACAGCGACGGCAAACGCGAACCUCCAGCUAGACCCAGGGGUCUUUGUACUCUUAAGGGCACCCUCGAUAUUUCCGUUCCGUUACCGCUCCGUUUCGUAAAUCAAACGUGGACCAGAUUGUUCGCCACAUGAUCCAUGUGGAUCGUCGCAAGUGAAGAGUGAGGAGUGAAGAGUGCGAUGAAUGAAGAUUUUCAGUCGAACGGAUUACUCGAGUGCGUGUGACUGAAGUUCCAACAGAAUUUUCUUCUCAUUCCUCGUGUGUUGAACAUCAGAAACAUUUUCUUCAAAAAAAGUAGCACGUGUUAAUUGUGUUUUCCGACAAAUUAUAAUUUAAAAUUUUUUAAUAGCUCGAUUCUAACAAUUUUACAUUGAUAUUACUGUGCCAAAAAAAAUUUAAACAAGGAGCUAUCGCAUUUGUUUGAACAUUAAAUCAAUAUUUCUUAUUCUCUAACACUAUUCUCCUUGUUUGAAUGUCUCGUGGUGUCUUCAAUGAUUUACAGUGAAUGACAUAGUGACUGCUGUUAGCGAUCAAGUUUGUGAUUGAUAUCUGGAUCGUAAUUCAUUAUUUGUGCCCAUCGUAAACGCAACAUGCAGUUCAUUGAUCAACUUUCAAAGAAGAAAAAUUACGCCAAUCAAUAGCAUGAGAAGAUUUAAGUGCCUUCAAUUUUUCUCUCUUUCUCUCAGAAAGAAUUGAAAUUUUUCGCCUUAUAAGGAGACUGUUAUUAUUUAUCUACAUGAAUAUUUGAAAAUCGAAUGUGUGCUAUGUACAAGAGUGUCAAAACAAUUUAUCUUCAUGGCAAAUAUUAGAGAGUAUUUCCAUCAAGCGUCACCUUGAUCUUCGCUUGGGACAAAAUCGCGGAACAUCGAUGAUAGUUCACACGUCGUAAGAACUCACGCUGAUCCGCGUCACCAAAAAGUACUCGUUCUGAAACGGGCACAAUGGCGACCAUGGGGGUGACGGUGUUUUGCAAUAGAGUACAGAUAAACGGCAACGAUCAAGAACAAUUGAUGUUGCUGCGAACGUUACAAGACAACGAGAACAAUAUCAUCGGCAAUCAAUCAACGUUGAUAGUCCCAAAAAACAACGCCGGAAGUAACGCAACGAACUCUACGACGGUGUUACCCCCGUACGAUCCCUCGAGACUGAAGAAGCACGGCAAGAAUGGUCAGCCGCCGCCUGUUGCUGUUGCACGAAGAAAUGCCAGGGAGCGGAAUCGCGUGAAACAAGUGAACAAUGGAUUUGCUACAUUGCGACAACACAUUCCGAGCCACAUUGCCGCGGGUUAUGGUGACAGGGGUAAAAAGUUGUCGAAGGUAGAGACUCUGAGGAUGGCCGUGGAAUACAUCAGAGGCCUUCAAAGGCUCUUGACAGAAGCUGACGGCGGCGUUGAAUAUGAUACCAAGACUGCCGUCGGCGUACAGUGCGCUCCUUCUCCAACCAGCAGCGUCAUCUCUUCGACUCAUAACGGCUCCGGCGAAAGACUCGUUCUCGAGGACGAUGUAUUAGCCGCGGAAGACGACGAGGGGGAACAACUGGAUGAAGAAGAGGACGAGAGUGCCGCCAAAUCAAAAAUUAUAUUAUCCAGAUUAUCUCCCAACCGGACGGCUAUUUCAUCGCCACGUGACUAUUACGCAUCCUCAGCAGGCGAUGAAGAAAAUUUGGAGCCGCGAACCAUAACCGGUGGACAGAAUUUCUCCAGGCUAUCGCCAAAUUCAGUGGCCUCGCCGCCCUCGGAGUAUUACGCUCAGAACGAGGAGAAUCUAGAGCCGCAGAUUCUGUCGCCCUACAGCGGUGCCGGGGACAGCGAAGAGGGUGCGACGACUGUCUACGCGACUAGCCCGGAGACUUUCUCCGGAGCCCUCUACUACAAGCAAGAGAUCACCGAGACGGGGGAAUUCAUGGACGUAGUCAGCUGGUGGGAACAGGAACAGGGAAGACUCGUCCAUCAACAGCACACGCAACGGCUGACGCACGUGUAACCAUAGUUACAGAUUCCAAUUAGGGAAGAUCAAUAUUUGCAACAAAAUUCGAAGUCCACUACGUAAUACGCUUCAAACAAAUUUCGUAUGAUCUCACUAGAUUUGGAUGAAGAUUAUUUCGACUAUAUACGACACGAUAUCGUUGGCACGAGCACGUGUAUUGUGAUCAAUAGCAAAAAUUAGAAAAUCGUACUUACGAGUAUACUUAAACAGAUCUGCUUACUAUUAUAUUUUGUCUUUUGGAUUACCGACAGCGAGGCUAACGUGAAUGCACUUUUUUAUUCAAUGCAUAGAAAUAAAUUUAAAGUCAAAUUAAAUCUUGAUAUUACAUCACGUUUCAUUUUGUAUUCAUAAAAGAUUACUUAUUUGCAUUGCAGUGUAUUCUAUUUGUAUAUGUAUUAAUUGUAUUAAUUUCUAUUUUAAAUUUGCGUCGUAUCGUAUACUUUCGAUUGUACUGAUCAAGUGUCUUCUUUUAAGAACAAUAGAGGAAAAUAUUUUAAUUCUCUUUUGCAAUGACAUUUUGCGCUUCCAGAAAGAAAAUACUUAUUUUCUCGGCUAUUUGUGUCACAACAAGUACAAUUAAUUUAGUGUUAUAUUACGAACAUGAUUAUAUUUAUACAAAACUUUGCUGCGAAACUGUGAAUUUAAGAUAAAUGACAUGCGUGUCACUGAAUAGAAACAAUGAUUCUUGUUGUAAUUUAAUAUCAUUAAUCAUUCAUGACGCUAUUUUAUUAAACUUUUACAGUACGCACAUGUUUAAGAUUUAAAAGAUAAAAUUAUGACAUUCUUAUUUAUAAAGACAAUGUUUAUAAAAUAUUUAUUACGCCGUGUGUUUAUUAUUGCACAAUUUAAUAUGUUAUAUAUAUUUAAGAUAAGUAAGAAUAUCAUUAUAUAGGGUAUAUCUGUAGAAAUGGGCUGACCAACGAGGAGAUUAUGUAAAGAAUUACGUAAUUAUAUUGUAAUUAUUAUCCAUUAUGUAAUUACAUGUGCUGCAUAUAAAUUUUAUC